AUGACCAGUCUGGAGAACAACCUCCGCAUCUCCUUCAAUGGCAAGGACUCCUUCACCACACAGGUGGGCCGCAUCCGCUCCAAAAUCAUCUGCACCAUCGGCCCCCGCACAGCCCCGAUCGAGAAGGUCGGCAAGCUGGUCGACGCGGGCAUGAACAUUGCCCGCCUCAACUUCUCACACGGCACGCAUGAAUACCACGCCGGCGUCAUCAAGACCCUUCGCGAGUACCUCGCACGCUCGGGCCGUAUGUGCGGUAUCAUGCUCGACACCAAAGGCCCUGAGAUUAGGACCGGCAAGCUCGAGGGAGGCAACGAAAUCACCCUCCAGUCGGGCGAUACUAUCACCCUCACGACGGACGCCACCCAUGUCGGCAAUGCCCAGAAGAUUUCCCAUUCGUACAAGUCCAUGGCCACCACGGUGGGGGAGGGGUCUGAAAUUCUCAUUGAUGACGGUCUGUUGUCUCUGACUUGCAUGACCGCAGACCCUGCUACAGGCGAUGUCGUCUGUCGCAUUAACAAUGACGGCGUCCUUGGCGAAACGAAGGGUAUCAAUCUUCCAGGCGCCACUGUCGAUCUUCCUCCCCUCACCGAAAAGGACAAGGCUGAUCUCAAGUUCGGCUGCGAGCAGCGCGUCGAUAUGGUCGCUGCUUCGUUUAUCCGCAAGGCCUCGGAUGUUUCUCAGAUUCGCGAAUUCCUCGCGGCCCACGGUGGCUCGUCCAUUAAGAUCAUCUCCAAGAUUGAAAACCAGGAAGGUCUUGAAAACUUUGACUUUGUCCUGGAAGAAUCCGACGCUAUCAUGGUUGCGCGCGGUGACAUGGGCGUCGAAAUCCCGAUUGAAAAGGUUUCCGUCGCCCAGAAGAUGAUGAUAUCCAAGUGCAACGUCGCUGGAAAGCCUGUCAUUACCGCCACCCAGAUGCUUGACAGUAUGAUCAAGAACCCCCGUCCCACUCGCGCCGAGACCACUGACGUUGCUAAUGCUGUGUUCGAUGGAUCGGACUGCGUCAUGCUUUCAGGCGAGACUGCGAAGGGUGACUAUCCUAUCGAGGCUGUGACUACUAUGGUAGACAUCUGUCGCGAGGCUGAGAGAAUGCUCGAUUACCAAUACGUCUUCCGCGCCCUCAGGAGUCAUCACCGCGAAUUCGGUAUGAGUGUAACUGAAACUAUUACCUCGUCGGCUGUGAAGACCGCGUAUGACUUGAGCGCCGCAAUUAUCAUUUGCCUAACGGAAACUGGCAACACCGCGCGCCUCAUCUGCAAGUACCGGCCGGUGAGCCCUGUGAUCUGUGUGACAUCGAACGAAACGACUGCCCGGCAGCUUUUCCUGCAUCGCGGUGCAUUCCCUAUGGUUGUAGGGUCUAUGGUUGGGACGGAAAGUCUUAUCGCUCGGGUGUUGAAUCGAUCGAAAGCUGCAGGGUUUAUUUCAAAGGGCGAUUUCGUCGUGGUGAUUUCCGGUAUGCGUGAAGGGGUGUCUGGAGGAGCGAACAUUCUGCGUGUGAUCAAGGAGGAAUAGAGACUUUGUGACUGUUCGAUGUCUCGUGUUGAGUUACCGAUUGCAAUUUUGUGUAUUUCUUUGCGUAUUCGCUUUGUGAGUUGGUCGGAUUUCCGUUUGUGUUGAUCGUAGAAGUGCGUGCAGUGGCAUAACUAAGCGGUGACUAGGGUUCGAAAAUUGUCUGCAGGAUGGAAUCAGCGCAGGAACUGAUGUUAAUCACGGCCGCGUACGAAGUAGCUCUGUAGGGAGAUGGACAAGAUGCGUCUCGGUGUAUUCGCAUGCUAUCACGGGCAUGUCUUCCGGUUGACAAGAUGGAGAAACCUUUCACACGCGACACUAAUUUGGUCUGACGUAAAAGUAACUGUUCCAA